AUGGGUUGUCAUAACCUAGUACUUAUCAUCUUCAUCUAUUUGUGUUGUUUUUCAAACUUACUGAUCACCAUAAAAUACACAAGUGCACAGGAUUCUACUCAACUUUGUUCAGGAAAUAAUUACACAGCUGGCAGUAUAUUUGAAGCUAAUCUCAACCUUGUUUUCCCUGCAACCAUCAGUAAGAGAUACUAUAACGCCACCGUUGGCCAAAGCCCGGGUACGAUUUAUGGGUCUGUACAGUGUAGAGGUGAUGUUACAUUAGAUGCUUGCCAAAGUUGUGUUCAAAUGGGUGCUCCAAAGAUAAUAGAAAAGGGUAGAUGUUCAAAUUUUAAACAGAACUCAUCUAAACAAUCAAUUAUUUGGUAUGAUAGAUGUAUGUUAAGGUAUUCAAAUGAAUAUUACUUCAAUAUUAUGCAAGACUCUCCAGAAGUUCGUCGGUGGGAUGUUACUAAUGUUUCCAAUCCGGAUCAGUUCGUCGGUGGAAUAUUACUUCAAUAUUAUUCAAAUUUAAUAAAUGAUUUAGUAGGAGAAGCUGCUUGUAGUUUUUCUGCUAAUUUUGCUACUGGAGAUAGAAAUAUCACUAAUCGUACCAAAGUAUAUGGAUUUGUAGAGUGUGCUGCAGAUGUACCUUCAAGAAAUUGUAGUAAAUGUCUUUUUGGAGUUAUAUCUAACUUGCCAAGUUGUUGUGAUGGAAAAAUUGGUGGAAGAAUUCUUAGACCCAGUUGUAAUAUAAGAUAUGAAAUAUAUCCCUUCCUUCAAUCUAUGAAUGCUCCUCCUUCACCACCUUUAUUAUCAUCUCCUGCUCCUCUCGCGUCACUGCCUCCGUUGUCAAGUACUUCACUAAACUCAAGCUUCAAGCCAGCCAUGCUUGUGAUUAUUAUAGUCGUUGUUUCUUUCAUGGGUGAAAAACAGAUAUAG